CGUAAAAGGACAGGCAGGGAAUGACAAGAGCAUCCACCGCCUGACCAAGCUGGCACACGUAGACCAUCAGAGACCAAACAUAAACAGAGCAUUCGUCUGUCCUCGUAAAUGUGUCAUGCGCGCAACAGACAGUUAUUAAAUAUCCGGUAAAUCAGGAAUAUUGUGCUGUUGCUCUCUGUAUUGGAGGUUGCCGUCUGACAACAAUACAGGCUACAUAUACUAUAUGGGCUAUUGAACGGAGCAAUAUUUAUAUUUCUAGAUAUUAAUGUAGUGCAAUUAUGCAAUUGUAAGAUAGGCUACUGUUGAUAUAAAUACUGAAAUAUGGGUUCUAGAUUAAGCAGACAGAGUAGUCUGGACAAUGAGAAUUUUAUGAAAAGGCGUCGCAAGCAUCUUGACAGCACAGGAGAAAGCGACAGAGGUGGAAGUCGAAGCGGCGGCGACUUUCUUUUUACAAUGAUUCUGAAAUCAGACAAACUGCCGGGGAUGCUGCGAAGGUCCAACCACAGUCCCUACGUGAGGCGAGUGGCAUGGAUCCGAGACAUACAGAAGCUGCUCCGUGAUCGCAGGAUUGAUCAGGCAACCGACGUGCUCAAACUAUUGAGGAAGGAUCUGGGCUUGGAAGGCACAUCCCUCAAUGACAUCUUAUAUAAGAAUGCUGCUUUUCUCAACCUGGUGGACCCCAUCUCCCAUGAGUUGUUGCUCAGCCUGGCUCGCGAGAUGCAGUGUCCCAAGAAGAAGGAUGCUGACACCAUCAAGUCAUCAGAUAAGAUCUGCAGACAGCUGAUCUACCACCUGACCCCUCACUCCAAGUGGCUCAGACAGAGCAUGUCCAGACGGAAGUCCCAGGCCUGUCUCAAGACAACCCUGCAGAGAAAAGUAUCCACAGACACAGUUGACUUGUCUGGCAUACCUCUCUCCAGUCGAGAUGUCCGCCACGUGGCGUUCUACCUUCAGAACAGUGGGGAUGCAGUGGUGGCUGUGGAUAUCAGCUUCACUGAGCUCCAAGAUGAGAACCUCCGUGUCCUGCUACCCGUCCUGGGGUCUCUGCCCAAACUCAACACCCUGGCCCUCAACGGCAACCGGCUGACCCUGGCCAUAGUCAAAGACCUGACUGAGAUCCUGAAAGACCCAAAGAAGUUCUCCAGCCUGGCUUGGAUUGAUCUGGGCAACAACUUGGACAUUUUCACCAUGCCCCAGCCCCUGUUAGUGGCCCUGCGACGCCGCUGCAGCCUGAAGAGCAGCUUACCCACCAUCUAUGAGUACACAGAGGGCCAACCCUACUGCUACCACAUGGAAACCUCCAUUGAGGAACCCAGCCACUACGAGGAGGAGGAGGAGGCAGGGGAAGAGGAGGGGGAGGAAGAUGAAGAUGAGCUGGAGCCAUGGGGUAUAGGGGAGAAAAAGAUUUCAAAGGACUUCACCCUACACUACUGUGAGAGGUGAUGAGUUAAAGUCCCCCUGGCUCGGUUCAGCAGUGUUUGAAAGGCCUUCCCACAGCUUCAAGUUCCUACCUUUCCCAUGUUGCCCUUUACACCAUGAGCCCAGUCACCCAUUGUGGCACGAGGGAUGUUUAGCGCCACACAUUCCAGAGACCAUCGUUCCAACACAGCCACCAAAUAAUCUCUCACCAUCUAUGAGUUAACCCACACAAGACCACUGCAGUAACUGAUUAUGUUGGUGACUUACUGUGUUGGUGGAUGGUGCUCCUAGGAACGAGGUGCGGUUUCAUUGGAGGUGGGCUAGAAGAAUUUAGGAAAAGGUGCUCUCUCUCUCGCCCUCUUAAAGUAGCAGCUGUGGAGCAAAUCCCAAGGACUUGGGAUCAGACGGCUUGACGAUGGAGCGGCAUAACGCUGGUGGUCUAAUGAGCUGCUGUUGGUUUGGAAGCAGUAGGUCCCAACCAGGUUCUCUACCAGGACUGUCACUGAGACUAUCCCUGGCAGGCAGGGCCUAGCUCCACAUUGUGUGUUCUCUGUUAAUCUCUCAACAAAGGCUAUGAAACAAGUUCAACAGACUAUACAGCCGACGAACCGUCACGUGAUUCUGGCAAAACUGCUAAGUCAAGACUUUUUGCUUCCCCCCCUUUCGAAAUGGCCACUUGUGAAUACCUACGUAGAUGUAAAUGAUGACACAAAACAGGGCUCUGUUGUAUUUCCACAGGCUAUUUUAGUGCACUGCUGGUGAAUAAAGCCAUCUUAGAAGACAACAGGUAGGACUCAACAAUAGACAGUUGUUUUCACUGAUUGUUUGUGUUUUCACUGAUUGUUUGCUGUUGCCAAAACUCUGAGAUUCACCACUCUAUUUUGCUGUUUUAGUCAUGAUCAUUUUAGAACACAUGUGGGGUGAAUGACAGUACAGCCAAGCCCCAAGGGUGGACCCAUUCAUCUCUUUGUAGUAAGGAAUGUACCAAAUGGAAUCACAUACUGACACCCUUUGUACUAAUAUGUCGUUAUUAACAUUUAUAUGUGCUUAUAUGUUUGUUUAUUGUGGGAGGAACAUGACUGUUACAUAUCAGCUGUAGGCUAUUACCAGGACUGAUAAUCAGCGGGGUGGGCUGAGUAUAGUGCUGGAUAGUGGUGGUCUAUGAAAUAGCACAUAAUAGUUAAGUUGGGUUUACCAACUGCAGCUGAGCUCCAUGCUGUAUUGCACUUUAAGAAAUGUGAGAAAUGGAUUUGACUUCAGAUCCAUUUCAUUCUCUCAUUGAUGCAUAAAGCUGUUUUUGCCAAUUCAUCCUAAUAUCAAUAUUGAUUUUUCACAGCGAUAUUUCAGAAGCUUAACCACACUGACACCAUAAUAUAAAUAAAGGUCAUUCUGAGAACUGUUAUUAAUGGAGUCAAUGGAUUAACAAUAAUUGAAUAACUGGGUGUAAUAUACUUGUAUCAUCUGAUUGAAUAUGUGUGAGGGUGUUUAAUGUGUGUUUGCUGUUGUAUAAUGUCUGAUUACUGUUGUAACUGUUUGUAUUAUUUAUCAUAGUUAUUUCAUUGUGAAAAUGAGCACUCUAACCUCUGCUGGAACAAUUAGGGGACACACAAGGGCAAGGUAUUAAUAAACUAAUGACAUACCGCUAGCAACAAAUGUUCCCCAUUUCACUGACAUUAAAUGUACACUGAAAUGUAGCACAGGAAAUCGCUUUUCAUGUAAAAUAUGUGUAUGUUUAAAAAAUAUCAAAGGCGUUGUAAUGGUUUUAUGGGACUAUGAUAGGAAAAUAUUUUGCUCACACUGUAUAUGUUAGCAUUGUCUGGCAUUGUUAUACUAUUUGUCAACUCUCAGUCAUUGUAUCUGUAUGUGGUGCCAUACUUAGAAUGACAUUUUACUGCCAAUAAAAACAGUGACUCUAA